AUGGAAUCUCAAACGCUCCUUGGUAAAGUAGCCAUCGUCAGUGGCUCCUCUUCGGGCAUAGGUGCGGCCAUCAUAAGAGAGCUAUCUUCACGGGGAGCCAACACGGUUGUUAACUAUCCAUUCCCACGCCUUCAACCCGAAGCCGAUGCACUGGUCAAAUCUCUCCCAAGCCCAUCCAUUGCCGUGGAAGCCGAUAUGUCGACCACUACUGCUCCACAAAGUCUCGUGGAUGCCGCAGUAACACAAUGGAACCGAAUAGACAUCGUCGUCAAUUGUGUGGCGCUGGCAGUCAACAAACCAUUAGAAGAACAAACGCUUGAAGACUGGGAUCAACUCGUGAAUAUCAACGGUCGGGGCACGUUCCUGCUGACUCAAAAGUGUCUGUCGCAUCUGACCAAGGAUAGCGGGCGCAUUGUGAAUAUUGCCAGCAUCUCCGGCCGCGGUCCUCCGCCAAACCAGACCAUCUACGCGGGAACGAAAGGCAUGGUAGACUCAUUUACAAAGUGCUGGGCGAAAGAGCUGCCUCCGAAAUAUGGAUGUACCGUUAAUGCGGUCAGCCCUGGACCGACCAAGACUGAGGGCUUUCCAGCGGCUGGUGACGAACAGAUGAAGAUUCUCCAACCUAUUAUUGAUCAAACCCCUGUGGGAUCAAGAAUGGCCGAACCUGAGGAGAUCGCGUUCGCGGUUGCGUUUCUAUGCGAGGAAAGGGCGCGCUGGAUCAAUGGCGCGCAUCUUGUCGCCUCGGGCGGCCUAUUCAUUGACUAG